CUUAGUUGGUGUGUAUGUGUGUGUUUGUGGGGGUGGGGUGGGCAGCUAGAGAAUGCGGCUCCCUUUCUCCCAGUGAAGGGGCUGCGGACAGCGCAUGUCCCCUUUUAUCUCUGAAGGCCAAUGAUCUCCAGUGGGCAUGAGGCUUCAAGCACAGGCCCCAGGUCUGUGGGCCUUGCCUGGCCCCCAGCCUCCCCUGAGAUUGGCUCCAGAACUUUGGCCAGGCUUACUAACAUCCCACUGCCUGGAGGCCAUCUUACAGGAAGUAAAGGGUGGAAGCCUCCCAACUGCUCUCUGGGUUAUCGAAAAAGUGGUGGCCAGCAAAGAACCAUAUGGUCUUAAGGACGACUGUCUAAGUGUUAGUUGGGGGGGGGGGGGGGUAGGGAUAUGGCCCUCCCAUCUCAGUAUUAAAAACAGCAUAUACUGCCUUUGCUGGGAGAAGAGGUUGGCCACCUGCCUGCCUUAAAGGCAGGCAGUAUGAACCUGGGUUGGUUGGUUGGUUGGUUUUCCUUUUCUGGUCACAAGGGCAAAACGUCCUGGGUGGCCCUCUUCUAAAAGGGAAGUUUCUUUUCAAUGUGUUUUUCUUGGGGGUGGGUGGGAUGGGUAGGUGGGGGGUGCCAUCGCCGUAGAGGAAUUGCUUGCUCAAGUGUGGUGCGCGAGUGCGCGCGCACGCACACACACACGUGUGUUUCUGCAUGCUAGUUGCUUCCUGUAGCUGCUUCCUGCUUCUCUGGGACUCACAUGCGCAAUGUCAUAUAUAUAAAUGUAUAAAUAUAUAUUUUUAAUUUUUUUUUUAAUUCCCUGGAGCUUCUGGUUCCCAUCAGUCCCUGCUGUGAAGUACAGAGGGAAGACUUGUCCAUUCCCUCACCCCACAUCUGUGUUUUGUUUUUUUGUUUUUGUUUUUUUUACAUCAAUAUGAAGAUAAAAGAAAAACUGUUUUUGCUUUAUUGCUGGGGAGGACUCCAGGAGAGAGGGCAAGGUCCAGAUUCUUGGGUCUGGUGGGAGAGGGAGGCUUGGACCAGGCCAAGACAACUUUGGCCUUUGGAUCUCCCAAAGCCAGGAGAACUAGUUAGGAUUGAAAUGAAUGAGAUUGGGCCCUCCUUGGAAUCCCAUGAGCAACUCCAGAAAUAGUGUCCCCAUCUGAAUGCAACACUUUUUCCCCCCAAAAUCAACUCCUCAGUUUCCGCAUCUCAGUAAUAGGCUCCCCAGCCUGCGAACCCAGGCUCUGGUUCUUCCCAUCCACUCUAUCUGUCGCUCACCAGACACUGUCUAGCCUUCCUCAACUGUCCCCUCUGCCAGCUCCUGACCCAGCUCAGGUAUCAUUUUGUCCUGAGCUAGUACCCCAGGCUCCUUGACUAGCCCACCUCCUGCCCACUCUGGCCCAGGGGGAUGCUUCUAACCUCUGACACUGCCCUCCCCUGCUCCAAUCCUGUAUGUGCCUACAGGUGAUACCAGAGCUCCUCUGGACCUUGAGGAUCUGGCCCUGCCUGCAUUCCCACCAGCUCCAUCUUACCCUCAGUUCUAAGCUCCCUGACACAACCGGUCCACAGAAGACCUCGAUAAAGAGCAAACGAAUUACUCUUACAAUGAAUCUCUGUUCUACAGAAGUCCCUGUUGCCUGAGGAGAAUCACAAAUACAUAAAGAUAAAUCCACACAAAUCCCAGGAUCAAGCAACCCAUCUGCAAUUACACCCGCAAGAUCAGUUGGCAAGCGCUAUGUCCAGGGAGGGUCCCCCGAAGAGAAGGAAGGGCUACCGGGAAUAGACGCACUCCUUUUCGAGGAGAGGCGUUCUUUUGAGCUCUGCAGCGUCCACCCCGGAAUUCUGACCCACACCAAAGCCUGCCUCCUGCAAGGGCGCCUAGCCCCGCCUCCCCACCCCAUGCUUGAACCCCUUCUGGAAGGGACCAGAGAGAACAGCUUUAGGACCCGGGGGUGAUGUGUUGGUGAUGGGAGAAAAGCAGCCAAGCGGGCAAGGUGGGAUCCUUAGAAAGGGGGCUCUGAGGCAGAAGGUGGUCCACGAAGUCAAGAGCCACAAGUUCACCGCCCGCUUCUUCAAGCAGCCAACCUUCUGCAGCCACUGCACCGACUUCAUCUGGGGGAUUGGAAAACAGGGCCUGCAAUGUCAAGUCUGCAGCUUUGUGGUUCAUCGACGAUGCCACGAAUUUGUGACCUUCGAGUGUCCAGGCGCUGGGAAGGGCCCCCAGACGGAUGACCCCCGAAACAAGCACAAGUUCCGUCUGCACAGCUACAGCAGCCCCACCUUCUGCGACCACUGCGGCUCCCUUCUCUACGGGCUGGUGCACCAGGGCAUGAAAUGUUCCUGCUGCGAGAUGAACGUGCACCGGCGCUGUGUGCGCAGCGUGCCCUCUCUGUGCGGGGUGGACCACACGGAGCGCCGUGGGCGGCUGCAGCUAGAGAUCCGAGCACCAACGGCAGAUGAGAUCCACGUCACAGUUGGCGAGGCCCGUAACCUCAUCCCAAUGGAUCCCAAUGGUCUGUCGGAUCCCUAUGUGAAGCUGAAGCUUAUCCCAGACCCUCGGAACUUGACUAAACAGAAGACCCGGACGGUGAAAGCCACACUAAACCCUGUGUGGAACGAGACCUUUGUGUUCAACCUGAAGCCAGGGGACGUGGAGCGCCGGCUCAGCGUGGAGGUGUGGGACUGGGACCGGACUUCCCGCAACGACUUCAUGGGUGCCAUGUCCUUCGGGGUCUCAGAGCUGCUCAAGGCCCCGGUGGACGGCUGGUACAAGUUACUGAACCAGGAGGAGGGCGAAUAUUACAAUGUGCCGGUGGCUGACGCUGACAACUGCAGCCUCCUCCAGAAGUUUGAGGCCUGUAACUACCCCCUGGAACUGUAUGAGCGCGUGCGGAUGGGUCCCUCUUCCUCUCCCAUCCCUUCCCCAUCCCCCAGUCCCACCGACUCCAAGCGCUGUUUCUUUGGGACAAGCCCCGGACGUCUCCACAUAUCCGACUUCAGCUUCCUCAUGGUUCUAGGAAAAGGCAGUUUUGGGAAGGUGAUGCUGGCUGAGCGUAGGGGCUCUGAUGAGCUCUAUGCCAUCAAGAUCCUGAAGAAAGACGUGAUUGUCCAGGACGACGACGUGGACUGCACCCUUGUGGAGAAGCGAGUGCUGGCCCUGGGAGGCCGAGGCCCGGGGGGGCGGCCCCACUUUCUCACCCAGCUGCACUCCACCUUCCAGACCCCGGAUCGCCUGUAUUUCGUGAUGGAGUAUGUCACCGGGGGCGACUUGAUGUACCACAUUCAGCAGCUGGGCAAGUUUAAGGAGCCCCAUGCCGCGUUCUACGCAGCGGAAAUCGCCAUCGGCCUCUUCUUCCUUCACAAUCAGGGCAUCAUCUACCGGGACCUGAAACUAGACAACGUCAUGCUGGAUGCCGAAGGACACAUCAAAAUCACUGACUUUGGCAUGUGUAAGGAGAACGUCUUCCCGGGGACCACAACUCGCACCUUCUGCGGGACCCCAGACUACAUAGCCCCUGAGAUCAUUGCCUACCAGCCCUAUGGGAAGUCUGUGGAUUGGUGGUCCUUUGGGGUUCUGCUGUAUGAGAUGCUGGCAGGACAGCCCCCUUUUGAUGGGGAGGAUGAGGAAGAGCUGUUUCAGGCCAUCAUGGAACAAACUGUCACUUACCCCAAGUCACUUUCCCGAGAAGCCGUGGCGAUCUGCAAGGGGUUCCUAACUAAGCACCCAGCGAAACGCCUGGGCUCAGGGCCGGACGGGGAGCCCGCCAUCCGUGCCCAUGGUUUUUUCCGCUGGAUGGACUGGGAGCGCCUGGAACGGCUGGAGAUCGCUCCUCCCUUCAGACCCCGUCCGUGUGGACGCAGCGGCGAGAACUUCGACAAAUUCUUCACGCGGGCGGCACCCGCACUGACCCCGCCGGACCGCCUAGUUUUGGCCAGCAUCGACCAGGCCGACUUCCAAGGCUUCACCUACGUGAACCCGGAUUUUGUGCACCCCGACGCCCGCAGCCCCGUCAGCCCACCGCCUGUGCCAGUCAUGUAAUAUCUCCUGCCGCCACUAGGUGUCCCCACCGCUCCCUCCCCAGGCCGGCCUUAGCCCCCUGUUCACCCCCUUCCCACUCUAGAUCUGCUCCCCAGCAUUCUCGCCUCUGCCCUGCAGGGGCCAGGCGCCCCUCCCCAGCGCUCCUGGCAUUCUAACCUCCGUACAGCCUCUAGAGCCGCACCGCGGUCUAGAUUCUGCUGUGCUGAGCCCUGGAUUCUCCCGCACCUAAGUGUUCGGGACUCUGCUCCACCAGGUUCCAGAAUGGCCACCACUCUCCCAGUUCCACGGGGUUCUAGACUCCAUUUCGGUAGAAUCUGUGCCUCUCGUUUUUCUUUUUCUUUCCUCUUCUUUUCCUUCUUCCUUUCUUUUUCUUUCUUAUUUAUUUAUUUUCCUUUCUGGGAAAUAGUCUCAAGGGGUGGGCUGUUCCUGACUUGGAUUCCAGAAUAACUCCCCACCUCCGAACUCCCUCAGCUCAUUCUGGAGUAAGUGGGAGGCUGUGCCCCCAUAUUCCAGUACUCCUCUUCUACACUCUAGGGAUUCCUGGGAUGUGUUAAGGAUUCUUACCCCAGCUGUUCUCAAUCAGCUUUUGUUCUAGACGCCCCCACCCUAAACCCAUCACUGCUCGCCUGCCAGGUGCAUGGCUCCAGUCCUGCUCGGAACCCCUCCUCCCUCCUGCUCUCCCUCCGCCCCACCCCGUGCCUGCCACUCUCUGGGACUCUCUCCUCCUCCCCGCGCCCACUCUUCUCUUUGGCUUUCCCACCCGGCCACAGCUGCCGGAGAAUAAAUUUGGGUUGCUGAU